AUGGAGUCCUUCAGUCUGCUGAUCGUGGGAGUCUCAGGAUGCAGUUUCCUGAUUUUCCAGUGGCUAUUCCAUAGAGGAAUUCCCUGGGUAUCCGCAUGUCUCAGUUCUGGCUUCUCACGACUUGACCACAAGCAGAGGAUAGAGUGGAAUACCAGGGCUGUCUCUACAUUUCAUGCCGUGAUGGUCGGACUCUUCUGUCUCUACAUUUUUCUCUUUGAUGAAGCCACUAAAGAAGAUCCCAUCUGGGGAGAUCCUACACUGGUACAAUUAAAUGUAGGCAUUACUACUGGUUACCUCCUAUCAGAUAUGUUGCUUAUGUUUUACUAUUGGACAUCAAUAGGGGAGAAGUACUUCGUAAUACAUCAUUUGGCAGCAUUGUAUGCUUACUAUUUUGUUCUGAGUCAAGGGAUGCUGCCUUAUUUUGCUAAUUUCCGCCUGCUCUCUGAGCUUUCAACCCCAUUUGUGAAUCAGCGUUGGUUUUUUAAGGUGUUGGGUUAUUACAAGCUCUCCAAACCCAAUGUGGUCAAUGGUGUAGCGAUGGCAGCAGUGUUCUUCCUGGUGAGGAUUGCGGUCAUUCCUGUGUAUUACGGUGACAUGUAUUCAGUCUACGGAACGGAUGCCUUCUGCCGGCUCUCUGUGGCAGGCUGCAUUGCCUGGAUUCUCUCCAGCCUCUGUCUGGAUGUCAUGAAUGUGAUGUGGAUGAGCAGGAUUAUACGAGGGUGCUUGAAGGUCUUGCAAUCGAGCAGAUGCGUGAAAGCUAAAACAAAACAGAAAAACUGA